AUGAGGAACGAAUGAGGAACUGCUAGUGGACCAUAAGCAGUUUAUAGUUAGUUCCUCAUUCGCUUCUUGUCUUGUUGACAAGACAACAAAAUGUCUAAAUGUCUUUAAAGCGAAGACGGAAGUACAGCUAGGGGAAACCUGCUGUACUUCCUCCGAUUACUUACUCCUCAGUGUAGCGCUGUCGAAAACUGUUUAGCUAACUCUGUGUGAUUUAUGAGUCGUUUUUAAGUUCGACCAGAUGUCACAUAUAACCGUGAAACGUCCAGGAGUUGGGGUCGGGGUGCUGGUAACAGACUCAGCCCGCUCAGGCUGUGUUCUCCUGGGAAAACGGAAAAGCGCAAUGGGCAAAGGCACGUACCAGCUCCCAGGUGGCCACUUGGAGUUUGGAGAGACGUGGGAGGAGUGUGCUCACAGAGAGGUGAUGGAGGAAGCAGGGGUGCGUUUGGUAAACGUCUGCUUUGCGUCAGUGGUGAACUCCAUCAGGCUGGAGGAGCAGUACCACUACGUCACCAUAAUCAUGCAAGGAGAACUGGACAGGAAGCAGUCAGGAGAGCCAGAGAACCUGGAGCCAGAAAAGAACGAGGGUUGGACAUGGACACAGUGGGACCAGUUUCCUCCAGAGGAGCAGCUCUUCUUGCCGCUAGCCGGUCUGAGACAACAAGGCUUCCAGCCGUUCAGGAACACGGUAACAAGCACUAAAACGCAGCUUUGAGACUGCCCGUCACAUUGGGAAACGUGUAUUCUUCCCCAAAGGAUAAAACAAACAUACCUCUUCAAAACCCCAGCUCCUGUUUUACAUCAAUGGUUGGUUUACAUGUGCUUUUUCUUUAAACAUGUUUUUCUGUUAUGGUACAUACUGUAAAUGUUUGCCGAUAUUAAGAACUCUUAUUACAAAUAGUAGAAGGAAUUCAUGACAUACAGAUUGUCAGCUGUGCAGUCAUUCAGAUUCAAAGCAAAUUAUGCAACAAAUAAAAUGCAAUUUAGAGGGGCAAAUGGGCUUCCCAAAUGUUAUAAAAUACACACAUUAACACAAAAAGGGACAUUAUUAUUUUUUUAUUACUCUUUGGCACCAGAUGCUGUUAAGACUUGGUAAUAUUGUAAUGCAUUAACUAUUGCCUGGAAUAUGGAAGUUUAUAAACAGUUAUAAACAUUUCAGAUCAUUCAAAGACACAACAGUAAACGAAAGGUGCAUUAUUAUUUUUUUAACGGAUACAUUUCCAUACUAUUGAUCAUUUAUCAAUAGAAAAUUCUCCCUAAAAUUUUGAUUAAAAAAACACGUUGUGCCCUAAAAAACGUGAACCGUUUCUGAAACUAACUUGAAGCCUAAACUACACACUUGUGCCAUACACGCGUGACGCAGGAUGAGUGGAACUGAAAGCCAUAGAGCUUUUGGUCAGUUUCCCUCGUGCACUAUUUUGCUCAUCACAUCAAGGUGGUGCCGGUGACGCCCACUGUUAACAGCAUGGUCCACAGGGUUGCAGCAGCGGUUGCCACGGCACCAUUGAAGGUCUUGUCGUGGGCGUAGGUGAUGAUGUGCAGGGCUCCGCUGUAGGCCUCCUCACAGGUAGGCUGGAUCUGAUCCUCAGGAAGCUGGAAGCCGAAUGUCCCUUUAUCUCUCAGCUCAAAGGUGUAGGAGUAAGGGAUCCCCUGAAACCGAGCCCAGUCUCUGGAUGAACCAGAGUUGGCGUCUGUAGAAAGAGGGUACAUACAGUAUUUUAGAGUUUCACCCCCUGGAGCCACACUGCUAGCGCGGCUAACAUUUUUAUAUCUGUGACCAGCAUUCACUUACACAAUACAUCCGGUGAAGUUCCUACAGUAUAGUUCUUCCCGUGGACACUCCUAAUGGCGUCUGCUGCACCCAAACCCACCCCCAUCUGAGGAACCAGACAUUAGCUUUCAUCACAGUCAAAGAAAGCAUCUACACCAACCCUGUGUGUAGAGUAGUCAUAUAUAUCACAAUAUUUUUGAGCAAAAAAAAAAAAAUCAAUGUCGAUAUUGCGGUGGGGUUUACAAGGCAGGACAAUGCAGGUUUAAACUGUCUAGAGCUUCAUUAGUAUUAAUGACAGGAAUUGACAUUCCUUCCCCAUGACUAGGUGCUGUGGCUGACAUAAUAGUCUGGCAAAAGGAGCAGAAAAUGAGGCUCAGUUGUCACAGAUACGUGAUGUGAGUGCAUGCUUGUGAUGCUAUCUUUGAUAUCCACUGUGGUGGAGGAGUGUGAAAUGCUUUUGCACCCAGUCAGAAUGGCGGAAUAUGUCUGAUGAAGAUAUGUGUAGUGAACAAGUGCUGUAACAGCUUAUGUUCAGAAAUAUUGUUUAUGUAUUUUGUCUUUUGCAUUUUAAGUCAGUCAGAAGGGGCAUUUAGAUCUGCUAAAUAACUACAAUUUGCAUCAUGUCCUUUAACAUUUCUGUAAAUAUUUAGGGGUUGAAUUCUAUUUUCCCUGUUAACCCUUUUUUAUUAAUGUGGAGAUACACUGAUGUAAAGAUAAUAGGAUUUUUGAGGCCACUACUGAUUUUGUUAUGCAAGAGUUUAAAAAAAUAU